GCCUCUCUCUCGCCCUCACCCAACAUGGCGCCGCUGCACUCGGCUUUGGCGGGUUGUUCACGCGCCUUCCUUGAGAGCUACAGCGGGCGGACCCCAUGUUGAUUCGAAUCAAUUUCCUGCAGUUACGCGCCGCCCUCCUCCUGUGUUUGGCGGUGUCUCUUGGAUACUGGGCACGCCCUGGGUUAUGGGGAGGACGAAGUCGGGUUACGUUCUCGGCUUAACGCUUAGUGUGUUGGGAUCGUGCUGGGCCAAAGACAACAGGCUUUCAGCGUGUGUGCAGUUAAGCACGUGGCUCCACCAGUCCACAUCAGCCAACACCUGCGCCAUGUCACCACCGCACGUUAAGGCCCGCUGCCCAGUGUACCCAGGGUCAGAUAUAAGGCGCUUCCCAGUUCCUGAUGAGAAGGUUAGCUGGAAGGUGGAAUUUGUGGACUACAAACCCAUACCACACACAGACGAAACAGUGAAAAAAAGACCUGUAUGGGCAGACCCUGAAAUUGGAGAAUUCAGUCCAAAGUUCAACCAUUUGGAUGGGAAAGUGGAUAGGCAAAGUUACGAGGGGCAGUAUCAGAUUGAGAGAGGCUAUCCCAGGAACCCUCAUGGACGAACUGGGAUAACGGGCAGAGGUUUACUGGGCCGUUGGGGUCCCAAUCACGCAGGUGACCCCAUUAUUACCAGAUGGAAAAGAGACCGAGACAGUAAGAAGGUUCUACACUCUCAUUCUGGCAAACCAAUCUUGCAGUUUGUGUCAAUCCGGCGGAAAGACUGUGGAGAGUGGGCUAUCCCCGGAGGAAUGGUGGACGCCGGAGAGAAGGUCUCGAUCACACUGCGGCGUGAAUUUGGAGAGGAGGCUUUGAAUCUGCUUCAGAAAUCUGGUGAGGAGAGAAAGAAGCUAAAAGAGCAACUCAGGGAGCUCUUCAGCAAGCCAGCCUUUAAGGUGUAUGAAGGCUAUGUCGAUGAUCCCAGGAACACAGAUAAUGCUUGGAUGGAGACAGUUGCAAUGAAUUUCCAUGAUGAUUCUGGUUCUUGUAUGGACCAGAUUCCUCUGGAGGCUGGCGAUGACGCAGGCAAGGUGAAAUGGGUGGACAUUGACGGUUCUCUUCAUUUAUAUGCAAGCCACUUAGAGUUCGUCAAGGCCGCUGCCCUUCAUCAUCAUGCCCACUGGCACUGACAGAACUGCUGGGACUAACUAGAAUGUAUACGUCUUUUGAAUUUUAUACCAACACCAUACAAGUGGCAUGUCACAACUACACAUAGAUAGGGGAGUGCAUUAUCUGCCAUGGGUCCUAAACGCUCUCGGCACACUGGGGUGCCAGGUUUAAAGAGCGACGAAUGCAAACUGCAUGAAGGAAGGAAGAUUUGGUUUACUGGUGGCAGCCGCCUUGAAAUGGUUCUUAUUGGUUUUUAGUCUUGCAUUUUAGUGUGUUUUGUUUUUUUCUUUUUAAACCAGUCUGAUACUCAUUUUUAUUUGUAAUUUCCUUUAAAUCUGAAGGUGACGUUACAAAAUAAAUCAGAUGGGGAUUGUAGACGAGUACUGUAAAGAGGGGUUUUUUUUUUGUUUUUUUUUAGCUUUUGUGAUAAUUGUAUGCUUUUUUUAACUGAAUUUUUACCUUUCUUAAAUUAUUUUGUAUGACUUCAGUGUAACACAAGGAGGAAAGACGGAUGUUGCUCUGUGUGUUUAAAUGUUUUAUUUGUUUACUUUUUCAACAACAAAUGGCGGGCAAUAAACUUCUUCUGUCCUCUCA